AUAAUANUCUUGGAGAACAUAGACCUCAACCGACAACAGCUGCAGAUGAUGGCGACGGCGCCAGUGCUGGCCUGUCAGACAACGACCUUCUAUUACGUGGGAUUCGCUUACAUAAUGAUGAGACGAUACUCGGACGCCAUCCGCACGUUCACCAACAUUCUGGUGUAUCUGCAGCGCACCCGUCAGAUGUACCACCAGUACCGCACAUUCCAGUUGGAUCUGAUUGAGAAGCAAACCGAUCAGAUGUAUAAACUGCUGUCCAUUUGUCUGGCACUACACCCGCAGAGAAUCGACGAAACAGUUUUGUCUCAUUUGACGGAAAAGAUGUCGGACUCGAUGCAGAAGUUGCAGAAGGGAGACCUCAAAGAGUUCGAGAAUGUCUUUAAGCUCUCGUGUCCCAAGUUCUUGUCUCCAGUGGUUGGCAAUUACGAGAGCCCAUUGGCCAACGCCACGCCCGCCCCUCGAGUGGACCCCUGGAAGCACCAGAUGAAGGUGUUUACCGAAGAGGUAGCCCAACAGUAUCCGCUUCUGGAGAUCCGCUCGUAUCUGAAGCUCUACACAACAAUGCCUAUCAAAAAGUUGUCCACUUUUGUGGAACUGCCCGAAGACGAGUUCGUACGCAAUCUGUUGUGCUUUAAGCAUAAGAUGCAGAAUCUUGUUUGGACUAAAGGACAGUCAGGUUUGGACGGGGAGUUCCACUCGGAGUCUGACGUCGACUUCUAUAUCGAUAAGGAUAUGAUACACAUCGCCGACACAAAGGUGGCCCGACGUUACGGCGAUUGGUUCCUGAGGCAGAUCCACAAAUUCGAUGAACUCUAUCGACUCAUCUCUAAUAUCAAUCUCUAAAUUCCAUGUCUUUUAGUGUAUUUGUAUUUUGAAAUUA